AGAAAAAGAAAGCGAUACUUACUUCUCUGGCCUCAUCGCUCAUGGCUCAUUGAGUCGGAGAGCCGCCUACUACUGGUCAAUCUUCUUGUCUCUGCGCUCCUCCGCCGAAACCACCAUGCCGCACACCCACGCCGCCGCCGUCGUGGAUCGGCUACUACGCCGUCUCGCCGUCGACGCUCGCCGACUAGAGCUGCCCCCCCAUAUAGACGAUGACAUGGCGCAUGUGGGCCGAACUCUGUCGAGGUUGCAAGAUGUGCUGGUUAGCCUGGAGGUUCGUCCCGAGGCGCAGGAGUGGAUAGGGGAUAUCAAGCAGGUCGCGUACGAUGCGGAGGAUCUGCUGGAUGAAUUUGAAGACCACAGUAGCACCCAAGCUCAGACGAGCGGCUGCUUUGCUGAGGCAGCAGCAUGUUGUCAUGCAUGUCCAUUUCUCCUGCAUAGUCCUAGCGCAAAUAGAAUGAAAGCAAUUAGAAGAAGAUUGGACUUUUCAGCAAAAGAUUCCAUAGUUUUCAGUCUAAUGCAGUACUCUUGUCCUAAUGAUGAGAAAUUCGAUAAUAGAGUAUUUGAUACAGCUGCAAUCGUUGGAAGAGAUAAUGACAAAGCAAAGAUAAAGGACAUGCUCUUGCAAGGUAAUGCAGACAAAUUCUCAGUCAUUGCUAUUGUUGGCAUGGUGGGGUUGGGGAAAACAACUCUUGCUAGAUUGAUUUUCCUUGACCAGGAAGAACGGUGGAAUUUCGAUUGUCGUAUAUGGAUAUGCUUAAAUAGGAAACUGGACCUGAAAAAGGUUGCUCGUGAUAUAAUCUUGGAAUGUAAUCAUAGAGAAGGAAAUCUCCUAGAUGUUCAUACAGAUUUUGAGAUCCAGGGAAACUUGCAGUUGCUAAAGAAUUCUUUGCAACAGGCACUUCAUGGAAAACGAUGUCUACUUGUCUUGGAUGACCUUUCUAGCACCAAUAAAAGCCAAUUGGAUGAAUUGAAGGAAAUGCUGAAGGCUACGAAUGAGUGCAUCAAGGUUUUAGUGACCACCUCAAGUAAAAUAACUGCAGAGCUAGUGCACACCAUUCCACCAUACAAGUUGCGUCCUUUGUCUGAAGAUGACAGUUGGACAAUAUUUUCUCAGAAGGCUUUUGGGAAUUUGGAUGGUAAUAAUGCAAACCUUACAGAAGUUGGGAAGGAAAUAAUGAAAAGGUGUGAGGGAAUACCAUUAUUAACUCAUUCUCUUGGUUCAAUUGUACAAAAUCAAGUCACAAAUGUGUGGUUAGCUGCAAGGGAUGAAGAAAUUUGGAAACUAGAAAGAAGACUUGCCACUAAAGUAGAAUUGUUUUCACCAUUAUAUCGAAUAUACUAUGACUUCUCCUCAACAAUUAAAUUGUGCAUUCUAUAUUUAUCCAUAUUUCCUAAAGGAUCUGCUAUAGAUAAGGAAAAACUUAUUCGUCAGUGGAUUGCACUUGAGAUUAUUGGAUCAAAACAUGACUCCUUGCCUCCUUACGUGCAUGGGGAUAUGUGCAUUCAAGACCUUUUGUCAACAUAUUUUCUCCAAGUUGAGAAUAUGCACUCAGUUUAUGGCAUGUAUGACGGAAUAGUUCCUACAUCACUCUAUAUUCAUAACUUCAUCCACGAAUUUACAAGACAUGUUGCUUGCGAUGAUAUUAUAAUUUUGGAUGGCAGUGAAAUGCAAAAGUACAGUGGAAAAAGGCAAGCCUUCCAGUAUGCACUGUUGACAUGUUACAGAGGGCAAUCAACAAUUCCCCUUUUACUGCUGACCAGGACAAAGGCACUACAUCUCAGGAGCUCUGAGGCUAUAACGAUCCAUAGUGAAGCAUUUGAAUUACUGAAGCACUUGCGUGUUUUGAAUCUUAGUGGAUGUUACAUUGGAGAAUUGCCAGCCUCUAUUGGUCAUUUAAAGCAUCUAAAAUAUCUUGAUGUUUCUGGCGUACAGAUUCAAACAUUACCUUCCUCAAUGAGUAGGUUGACAAAUCUUGAGGUACUGGAUCUAUCAAAAACUUUUCUCAAGGAAUUACCCUCUUUCAUUGGUAAUUUCCAAAAUCUAAUAUAUUUAAACAUGCACGGCUGUAAUAAACUUCAAAAUCUGCCUUCAUCCCUUGGUCAUCUACAAAGACUGCAGAAUCUUCGGUUGUCAUGCUGCAACAUUGCUGCACUACCUGACUCCAUGUGCAACCUUCAUGAUCUUCGAAGUUUGGAUAUAUCUAAAUGCACUGAGCUGCUACACUUACCUCCUUUAUUUGGUAACUUAAUGAACUUGGAGGAUCUAAGCCUAUCUAGUUGUUUCAACCUUAAACAGUUACCAUUAUCUUUUGGUAACCUUUAUUUUCUCAGGUUCCUGAACCUAUCAAGCUGCUAUGAACUUCAGCAGUUACCUGAGUCUUUUACUAACCUCGAGAAACUAGAAGUUCUUAUACUCCGAAGAUGUUGCAGGCUUCAAAAUCUCCCUCCCUCCUUUGCAACAAUUAAGUAUCUUAGAAUUUUGGAUCUGGCUGACUGUGAAGCAGUUCAUGUAAGUACUGAGAUGUUAACAACAAGUCUGGAAUAUCUGAACCUACAACGGUGUCUAAAUCUGCAGACUCAGCCAUACCACUUUGAAAACUUCAAUAAGUUGAAGUUUCUGAAUCUUUCCCAGUGCCUCCCUACCACUGAAUGCCUGAAAUCUGUAAGUUACUUGUUCAACUUAGAAUAUCUAAACCUAUCAGGAAAUUUCCUUGACAUACCUAUUUCUUUCUCAAGGCUUCAGAAGCUGCACACAUUGGACCUCACUGAUUGUGCUCCAAUAAAUCAAUCCUCUAAUGUACAUCAAAUAUGGCCAGAUAUAAUAGGCAAAAUUACAGGGCUCAGAUUUGUGCUGACAAAAGAUCCAGUGUUAGUGGCCUCUACUCCAGAACCUAUCAGGUGCUCUGUUGGCUAUGAUGAACAAUCACUCAUAAAUACUGAUGAGCUUGUUAUUACUGACACCACAGGGGAUUCCAGAGGCCUCAGUAUUGCUAACAGGUUGAACCUGCAGAAUCAACUGGAGCUUCGUUUCCUUAAGCUGGAGUGGGCUCUUACAUCUCAGUCAGCUGCAGAUGAAUUAAUUGAAUAUGUAAAUGAAGAGGAAGUGCUGGAAAAAUUCCAACCAAAUCAGACUUUAGAGCAAUUUGAGCUAGUUAGAUAUAUGGGUUGUGCAUUUCCUACAUGGAUGAUGAACAAUCUGGUGACUUCACUCCCAUACCUUGUCACUCUUCGUUUGUUUCACCUGCAUAACUGCACUGCUCUUCCUCCACUUGGCUGCCUAAGAAAUUUGCGCUACUUGCAUAUUAAAGAUAUGCCCAAUCUCAUACACCUAGAAAUGGGUCUUUCUGGGGGGCCAGAAUCCUUCAGGAAAUUAACUCACCUCAAAUUGGAAACACUGAAUUUAAAAGAGCUGCCAAUACUGUUGUCUGCCAACAAGGAGAAUCCCUGUUUCAUGUUUCCCGCUCUUGAAGAAUUAUCCAUUCUAUUUUGCUCUAAUCUUAUCUUCAAACCAUCUCUGCCAAAGUGUGUGAAAUACGAAAUAAAAGAAAGUAACAUGGUUCUGCAAUGUGGAGAACCCCUGGGUCCAUUGUCAUCUCCAUCACCGGCAAAAUUUGAGAUAAGUGGGUGCAGAAUACCUUCCGAUUGGUUGCAGUGGUUUAAAUCCAUGCAGACUAUUGUGAAGGUAGUAAUGGACGGUGAAGCACUUACAUCUUUAAGGCUCCUAGAGAUAGAAGGCACUCAAGAACCAUCUGGUAGUACGAUUCCAAAUGAAAGUGACGGUGCCACUAAAUAUACUGGUAUUGACAGCUCAAGAAUAGUGAAACCUUCUCCGAAGUGUAGCACCGCUUCCGAACACUCAGUGGAUCCUAUUUCGUCCUCUAAGCUAAGCAUGCCAUCCAAGGAGAUCCCAUCAACUUUAGGCAUGCUGGAGAAGUCAGAAAUGUUUGCACAAAUACGUGGAGAUGGAUCUUUAAACUUAAGCCUUGAGCAGGUUCGAAAGGUUACUCGGAAUUUUUCAUCUUUAUUAAAGUUAGGUGAAGGAGGAAUCUGGACAGUCUACAGGGCAGUAUUACCUGAUAACCAGAUUGUUACCAUCCGAAGAGCUAAACAGGGUCACAUGAAAGAGGCAAGACAUCUCAUGAAAGUGAGUCUCCUUACAGAAAUUAAUCACCAGAGUCUGGUGAGGUUCCUAGGUUUUAUUGAUGAAGGAAAUGAAUGUAUUAGGAUUACAGAGUAUGUUCCGAAUGGCACUCUUAGACAACACCUACACGAUCAACAUAAGAGAAUUCUGGAUUUUAAUCAACGGAUAGUGAUUGCCCUUGAUGUUGCAAUUGCAUUGACUUACCUUCAUUUAUCUUGUGGGCAAGCUGUAAUCUGUUACAAUUUGAAGACAUCAAACAUUCUACUGACAGAGAGCUACAGAGCAAAAGUAUGCUGUUCUAUACUGUCAGAAAGUGGUUACGUUAUGCCAGCUAGUGGGGCAGUAGGCUACAGUGAUCCAGAGUACUUACGGACAUUUGAGCUCACUGCUAAAUCUGAUGUGUACUCUUUUGGAAUAAUACUCUUAGAAAUCCUAUCUUCUCACGGGCCGCAAGAUUGGAAUGUAUUGAUGAACCACCAGAAUAGCUCCAGUUGGACAAUGGAACGUGUUGUACAAUGGGCUCUCGAGAAAUUUUAUGACGACCUCAUGAACGAGGUACUGGAUUACCGUAUGGAGGACCGUGUGGCCGGAGAAGUGCUUAGAGACUGGCUUAGCUUGGCAUUAAGUUGCGUGGCUCCACGUGGCAAUGAUCGCCCAAGCAUAGAAGUGGUCGGGGAGCGUCUAUGGAAAAUAUGGAAAGACCAUCGAAGAAACAUAGGAGAGACGCACGAGUACCAAGGAAGUUGGGAAGAGUUCGUUGAACAAGAGGGAAUUCUGAGGCAUCAAAAGUCUGCGCCCAAGAGAAUUUGGGGCCCUUCGGCAGCAGAGGAGGAAUGGUCUGGGUAUAUUAAGCAGAUUGAAUUGGUCCAACAAGGUUACUCACGAUCUGCUUCAUUCGACGAUAUGACAGUAUCUCCUCGGUAGAAAGUUUCAGUUUGAUUAGAAGGUAUAACAUGUGUGGAUUAGAAGGUAACUAGCUAGGUGCACCCUUUUUUUAGAUAAAGGAAUAUUGAACAAUAUCCUAGCCUUUAUAUCAAGUGAUAUAUCCGGCCCUUAUUACAAACUUUGAGAGAUAAACAUGAAGCAAAUUACAAGCCACAAAGCAUAUUACUAAACUGCCA